CCCGCGCGACCGCCUUCCGCCCGCGCCUUCCGUCCGCCCGGCGACAGCGCGCGCCCGCUCCUGCCCCGGCGUGCUGUCCCGCGGCCUGGCCCCGCUCGGCCCCAGGUCGUGCCUUCCCUCCCCGGCGGAGGCCCCUGCGGACUGCCUAGAGCUGGGUCGCAACUGAGGCGUUAUCCGCGGGCCUGGCCUGGGGAAGUGGCGGGGAGGAAGAAGAGGCGGCCGGGACGCGUGACAGGAGCAUUCGGGAAGAUUCUUACGGUGCCCUUCACGCGGUGGCUAUGGACGGAGAAAGCCGCCGCAAAUAAUACCAUCCCCCAGAGUAGUUGUGGCGGAAUAAUCUAAAUAUGGGUGUUGGAUUGAGGAGACUUGAAUAUUUUUGUAUCCUGAAGGGAGAAAUGGAUGAAGAAGACUGAAGAUAAUGAUGAAGGGAUAAUUUGGAAUAGGAUUCACAGCAAGAGAGACAGAAGAGAAAGACAUUGAAGAAACAGACUAGUUAACACAUGAAGAAAAUAGAGCAGAGGAAAACACGUCCAUGUUUUUCCACGUCUAAUGAGAACAGGGUCCUAGCACAGUGUCUGAUGGAGCUUUCCUACCAGACCCUCAAAUUCACGCAUCAGGCACGGGAAGCGUGCGAGAUGAGGACAGAAGCACGACGAAAAAAUCUUCUCAUUUUGAUUUCGCAUUAUUUAACACAAGAAGGGUAUAUCGAUACAGCAAAUGCUUUGGAGCAAGAAACUAAACUGGGGUUACGACGCUUUGAAGUUUGUGACAACAUUGAUCUUGAAACUAUUUUGAUGGAAUAUGAGAGUUAUUAUUUUAUAAAAUUUCAGAAAUACCCCAAAAUUGUCAAAAAGUCAUCAGACACAGCAGAAAAUAAUUUACCACAAAGAAGUGGAGGGAAGACCAGAAGGGUCUUUGUUCCCUCCCUUAGGGUGAUGAACGACAGUUGUCAAAAUCUUCCCAAGAUCAAUCAGCAGAGGCCCUGGUCCAAAACCACAGCGGGGAAGACAGGGGACACCAAAUCUCUCAAUAAGGAGCAUCCUAAUCAGGAGGUAGUUGAUAACACUCGCCUGGAAAGUGCCAACUUCGGCCUACAUAUAUCAAGAAUCCGUAAAGACAGGGGAGAGGAAAAUGCCCACCCACGAAGAGGCCAGAUUAUUGACUUCCGAGGGCUGCUCACAGAUGCCAUCAAGGGAGCAACCAGUGAACUUGCCUUGAACACCUUCGACCAUAAUCCAGACCCCUCAGAACGACUGCUGAAACCUCUGAGUGCGUUUAUUGGCAUGAACAGUGAGAUGCGAGAAUUGGCAGCGGUGGUGAGCCGGGACAUUUAUCUCCAUAAUCCAAACAUAAAGUGGAAUGACAUUAUUGGACUUGAUGCAGCCAAGCAGUUAGUCAAAGAAGCUGUUGUGUAUCCUAUAAAGUAUCCACAGCUAUUUACAGGAAUUCUUUCCCCCUGGAAAGGACUACUGCUGUAUGGCCCUCCAGGUACAGGAAAGACUUUACUGGCCAAAGCUGUGGCCACUGAAUGUAAAACAACCUUCUUUAACAUUUCUGCAUCCACCAUUGUCAGCAAAUGGAGAGGGGAUUCAGAAAAACUCGUUCGGGUGUUAUUUGAGCUUGCCCGCUACCACGCCCCAUCCACGAUCUUCCUGGACGAGCUGGAGUCGGUGAUGAGUCAGAGAGGCACAGCUCCUGGGGGAGAACAUGAAGGAAGCCUGCGGAUGAAGACAGAGUUACUGGUGCAGAUGGAUGGGCUGGCGCGCUCAGAAGAUCUCGUGUUUGUCUUAGCAGCUUCUAACCUGCCGUGGGAACUGGACUGUGCCAUGUUACGCCGCCUGGAGAAGAGGAUUCUGGUCGAUCUCCCCAGCCGGGAGGCCAGGCAGGCCAUGAUCUACCACUGGCUGCCUCCUGUGAGCAAGAGCAGGGCCUUGGAGCUGCGCACAGAGCUGGAGUACAGUGUGCUGAGCCAGGAGACUGAGGGCUACUCAGGCUCAGACAUUAAGCUCGUCUGCAGGGAAGCAGCCAUGCGGCCUGUGAGGAAGAUCUUUGAUGCACUUGAAAAUCACCAGUCAGAAAGCAGCGACUUACCCGGGAUCCAGUUGGACACAGUAACCACUGCCGACUUUCUGGAUGUGCUAACUCACACCAAGCCCUCCGCAAAGAAUCUGGCUCAGAGAUACUCAGACUGGCAAAGAGAGUUCGAGUCUGUUUGAAACCACAUUUACCCUGACCUGGCCACAAAGGCAAUCACAAAGACCUCCUAGUUUAUUAGUGUCCGUGGGAGAAGAACAAAAUGAUUGGAAUGGAAAAGAGAAAAUUAUUCUUGAAGACUGGAUUAACUUGAGCCACUGUAUUGUUUUGGAUAGCUGAUAUAUAUUUAUUAACUUACCAUUAUUGAUGUCAGCAAAAUAUUGAGGGUUUCAGUUACAUACAUGUAUGUGCUAUUAGGUCAUACAAUGGAGAUUUUUCUGACAAUUAGACUCCAUAAAAUUUUAACGAACAA